UCAAUCAAACACUGUCACAAUGAAGAAAAAACCAGUUCGAAAAUCGAAUCCCAUUUUGAAGUUAGCAAGAGGCCUUCGUGUUUCCGACUGCGAGAUUCAAAUACGACCCAGUGACAAAGAAUGUUCCCCAGCUCCUAGAUAUAGUUCAACUAGUAAAUUCUUCACAGUCACCCUAGAAUUUGGGGGUAAAUUUGAUAUUGGGAAAAAAUAUUCUGCAUAUCUAGGUGGGAGUACAAUAUUGUUUGACUAUGUGGAUUAUGAAACGGUCACACUUGCUGACUUUAAGUCUGUGGCAGAAUUUAAAGGGUGCAAAAAUCCUAUGAGACUGCACACAUAUGUUGGUUGUGGGAGUUUCAUGUUACUUUCAACUGAGACUGAUCUUGAGAGUGUGUUGCAAAGACAAAUUAACAAGGUUAGGGAGGUUAGUUUGUUUGUUGAAGAGCUAAGUAAAAAUACAGAAAUUGUUAAUGCACCUGAAAUUGAAAAUGCGGUUGGUGAAGAUGAUAGUGAUGAAACUUUUGAGUGGGAGAAUGAUAGUGAAGUUGACAAGUUGGAUGACAUCUUGUUUGAUGAAAAUGUGGAUGAAGUUGAGGUUGAGGUUGGGGUUGAGGCAGAGGAGGGUGAGGUUGAGGGUGAGGGUGAGAAGGGUGAGGGUGAGGGUGAGGGUGAGAAUGGUGAAGAUGAUAGUGAUGAAACUUUGGAGUGGGAGAAUGAUAGUGAAGUUGACAAGUUGGAUGACAUCUUGUUUGAUGAAAAUGUGGAUGAAGUUGAGUUUGAGGUUGGGGUUGAGGCAGAGGAGGGUGAGGUUGAGGGUGAGGGUGAGAAGGGUGAGGGUGAGCUUGGGGUUGAGAUUGAGGCUGAGAAGGUUGAUGAGGGUGAGGAGAGUGAUGAAGAUUUAAAUCAGGUCGUGGAUGAGGUUGCUGAGUUUAUGGCUAAGAAUGGUGGGUUUGAUGCUGAUGGUGGUAUUGGUGGGGAGAGUGAGGAAAGUGAGGAUAGUGAGGAGAGUGAUGAUGAUAUUUUGGAUUGGGAGUAUGAUAUGGAAGCUGACAAGGUAGAUGACAAGAUGUUUGAUGAUAAUGUGGAUUUUGAUGCUGAAUGGUUGCAUGGUCAAGGGGAAGGUGUUAAGAAAUGUGCAAAUGAUGCAAAGGUUAAAAAUAUUACAUCAAGAUGGCUUGCUGGUAGAUAUGCUCAUGAGCUGCAAAGUGAUCCUGAUAGAAAGAUUAAGGGUUUUAGGGACAAUAAAGUGAGGGAGCUGAGAGUGACAUUCUCUAGAGCACAAGCAUAUAGGGCAAAAAUGACAGCACUUGCAGAAAAGACUGGCCACAACAAGAGAGGCUGCCUUCUAAUGAAGGAAGGUAAUGCAGAUCCUGCAGCCAUUGGUCUAGAAGAUAGGCCUCAAAAGCUGAAGGCUAGAAGGAUGACAGACAAAGCUCCUGCAAUAGGAAUUUCAACUCAAGAAAGUGUUGUAACUGGUGAAGGCCAAGCCCACAAGAAAAGAAAGGAAGGGAAAAAACAAACCACAGUCCCAAAAUUCAUUCAAGCACCUUCAAUGUACAAUCAAUAUACUUCUGCUCAGUUGGGUCCAACUUCUGGGGUGAACAUUAGAGGGCCUCCUACAUUUCAGGUGGGUCAAUUUAUACCAAGUCAAGAAAGUUGCCUUUCAGAGAGGGACACUAGGCUCAAACAAAUAUUUCAAGAAGGAGGACAGAAGUACAUAUCUGUGUCUGAGCUUAUAUCUGGCAUGAACAAUCCAAAGAAGAGUGAUGAUGGCAGAGGAAAACAGAAAUUGCUGUGA